CUAACGUUAUUGCUGGAAGUCCAGUGUCCUGGCUCUUGAUUUUUUCAGAACGAAUCUGAACUGAGACGAGCGGCUGGAUGCAGAUUACUGGUCUACAGGAAAGCGAAGAAUUACUGAAGAAUGAAGUACAAUCAUUUCAGCAAUCCUCUUCUUCAUCCUCAGUCCUCUUGUCCACAACCGAUCAUAUUUGUAGUUUGAUCUGGAACACGAGUGACCUAAAACCUCUGGACAGUUCCUGACUGGACUCUGUUAUCUCUGCAUUCUUGACUUCCCCGUGAUUUCAUCUCCACAGCAUAUUUUUGGGAUUAACAUUACACACUUUCUGGGAUAUAGGACAGUGUGUAAUAUAUCUGGGAUAUAGGCCUACACUACACUUGAGAUCUUCUCUUUGAGCAGACUAGGCCUAUAUAUUUUUCCUUGUCUCGUGAUAUUGUGGUGUUAUACCUUUGGUGAGACACUAUGGAGUGGAAUAUGGAAUACUGUAUGGAGCAGGUUAUGCAGAAGGACCUGGGUAGGAGACUACAGGUGGGCCAGGACAUCAUAGACUCCAUCCUGGACAAGGACAAGUCCCAGGACCUGGAGCAGGACCAGACCAUGCUGGACAGAAUGGUGGAUGGUGUCGCUACCAACUGGGUCAACUCCAGCAAUUUCAAGGUGGCUUUGUUGGGAAUGGACAUACUCUCAGCUUUAGUAACAAGAUUACAGGAACGGUUUAGGACACAGAUUGGAACUGUUUUGCCGAGUUUGAUAGAUCGACUAGGCGACUCAAAGGACCAAGUCAGAGACCAGGACCAAGCUCUUCUACUAAAGAUCAUGGACCAAGCUGCUAACCCACAGUAUGUAUGGGACCGAAUGUUAGGAGGAUUCAAACACAAGAACAACAGGACCAGGGAGAGUGUCUGCAUUUGCCUUAUCGCCACGUUAAAUGUAUAUGGAGCUCAAGGCUUGACCCUCAGCAAAAUUGUCCCCCACAUAUGUAAUCUUUUAGGAGACCCUACAAGCCAGGUGCGAGACGGGGCCAUGAACUGUCUUGUUGAAAUCUACAGACACGUCGGGGAGAGGGUGCGGAUGGACCUGGGGAAAAAGGGACUACCACAGUCACGGUUGAAUGUCAUUUUCAGUAAAUUUGAUGAAGUUCAAAGAACGGGGAACAUGAUCCUGUCCCCUGUCUCAGAUAAGAACUUUGAAGAUGAUGAUUCGGUGGACGGGGGGCGGUCCUCCUCUUCUAAGGGCCCGUCGUCAGGGAAGAAGACAGUGAGCAUGGGGUCGUUCCGUAGGCCCAGCUCUGCUUCCAGCACCAAAUCAACAGGGAGAGAUGGUCCUAGUGCGGCUGCUGCAGGGGCUGUGGAUGAGGAGGACUUUAUCCGUGCCUUCGAGGAAGUUCCCGCUAUGCAACUUUUCUCUAACAGGGAAAUGGAGGACGCCAUGACCAAGAUCAGAGAGGUGCUGGCCGACGACAAACGAGACUGGGAGCACAGAGUCACUGCGUUGAAGAAGAUGCGUUCUCUGCUCCUGGCGGGAGCGGUGGACUUUGACGGUUUCUCCCAGCAGCUGCGUCUCACGGAGGCAGCCUUCAAGAUGUCCUCUAAAGACCUGCGCUCUCAGGUGGUCAGAGAGGCCUGUAUCACUCUGGGCCACCUGUCCUACAUCCUGGGGAACAAGUUUGAUCAUUGUGCUGAGUCCAUCAUGCCCACUCUCCUAACCCUGGUCUCUAACUCGGCCAAGGUCAUGGCCACAUCCGGAAUCACCGUCAUACGACUCAUCAUCAGACAUACACACUACCCUCGUCUCAUUCCUAUCGUGACCAGCAGCUGCCAGUCGAAAUCUGUGGCCGUGAGAAGGCGCUGUUUUGAGUUCUUGGACCUCUUGCUGCAGGAGUGGCAGACCAGCUCUCUAGAGAGGAGUGUAGCUGUUCUGACAGAGACCAUCAAGAAAGGAGUCCAUGAUGCAGACUCCGAGGCCAGAUCAGUGGCCAGGAAGUGCUACUGGACGUUCCACGGCCACUUCAGCCGGGAGGCGGAGCAGCUGUUCCAGGCUCUAGAGUCGUCCUAUCAGAAGGCUCUCCAGUCCCACAUGAAGAGUUCUGACAGCAUCCUGUCCCUCCCUGCCUCAGACCGCUCCUCCUCCUCCUCACAGGAGAGCCUCAACCGCCCUCAGUCCGCCAAGAGCUCCAUGGGAAACAACGUGACCAGGACGAAAGCGGCUUCCUCCAGAGGUCCCUCCACCCCGGGCUCUCUCCAGCGUUCCCGUAGCGACGUGGACGUGAACGCUGCCGCCACCGCUAGUGCCAAGACCAGGAUGACUCCCGUGCCCGCCUCGCCCGCCCCCUUCAGCGCUGCCUCCGCUCUGCCACCCGGCUCCUACGCCUCUCUAGGCCGUGUGCGUACCAGGAGAACGAGUUCGGGGAGCGGCGUGGGGGCGAGUCCCUCUGUCACAGACAGUAGGGGGAGAAGUCGAGCCAAAAUGGUGUCAGUGUCUCAACCUGGCAGUCGUUCUGGCUCCCCUGGUCGUCUCCUGAGCCAUACAUACGGCAGGAUCCCCAGGGCAACUGGAGCGGCAACGCCAGCAGACAGGAGGCCUAAAGUCCCCCGCAGCCAUGGCUGCAGCCGAGACACCAGUCCAGACAGAUCAGGCCUGGCGAGGAGUCGUAUCCCCCGGCCCAGCAUGAGUCAGGGCUGCAGCAGGGACACCUCUAGGGAGAGCAGCCGGGACACCAGCCCCGCUCGGGGAUUCUCUCCUCUGGAGCGUCUAGGUCUGGCCCACCAGGCCCGUAUCUCAGCCUCUGUCAACGCCAUGAGGAUCCUCAACACUGGGACCGAGGUGGAGGCAGCUGUAGCCGAUGCCCUGUUACUAGGAGACGCCAGGAACAACAAGCGGCGGCCAGUCAGACGGCGGUACGAGUCCCCGGGCAUCUACUCAGACGACGACGCUAACAGCGACGCCAGCAGUGCCUGCUCUGAGCGCUCGUAUGGCUCGCGGAACGGCGGCCCGCCCCACUACAUGAGACAGACGGAGGACGUGGCCGAGGUGCUGAACCACUGUGCCAGUUCCAACUGGUCUGAGAGGAAGGAGGGGCUGCUGGGACUACAGAGCCUGCUCGUUAGCCAGAGAAUUCUCAGUCGCGUGGAGCUGAAGAGAUUGUGUGAGAUCUUCACAAGGAUGUUUGCCGACCCACACAGCAAGCGAGUGUUCAGUAUGUUUCUGGAGACCCUGGUAGACUUCAUCACCCUGCACAGAGAGGACCUGCAGGACUGGCUGUUUGUCCUGCUCACCCAGCUGCUGAAGAAGAUGGGAGCUGACCUCCUGGGUUCCGUACAGGCCAAGGUCCAGAAGGCUCUGGACGUCACCAGGGACUCGUUCCCGUUGGACCAGCAGUUUAACAUCCUGAUGCGUUUCAUCGUGGACCAGACCCAGACCCCCAACCUGAAGGUCAAGGUGGCCAUCCUGAGGUACAUUGAGUGCCUGGCCCGUCAAAUGGACCCCGCAGACUUUGUCAACUCCAGCGAGACACGCCUGGCCGUCUCCCGCAUCAUCACCUGGACCACGGAACCAAAGAGCUCCGACGUCCGGAAGGCGGCCCAGGUGGUUCUGAUCGCCUUGUUCGAGCUGAACACCCCAGAGUUCACCAUGCUGCUGGGGGCCCUGCCCAAGACCUUCCAGGACGGAGCCACUAAACUGCUGCAUAGCCACCUGCGGAACUCCAGCAACACCGGCGUGGCUUCUCCCAGUAGCACCAUGGGACGGACGCCUCCCCUACCUCGCCACCCCAGCAGUCGCAGCAGCCCCCUCACCUCUCCCACCAACUGCUCCCAUGGGGGCGGGCUCUCUCCCAGUCGGCUAUGGGGUUGGAGUGCUGAUGGCCUGUCAAAGUACCCCCCUCCCUUCCCUUCUCUCUCCUCCACCCCUGCUGCCCCCUCCCUGAAGACCCUACGAAGUGCUUACUCUCCCAGCAUGUUGGAGUACGACACAGAGAACCUGAACACCGAUCAGAUCUAUAGCUCCCUGCGAGGCGUCACUGAGGCCAUCCAGAACUUCAGCUUCCGCAGUCAGGAGGACCUCAUGGAGCCGGGCAGAGGCAAGAGAGAGGACACGCCGGGUGUUGGAACAGCAUCACACCCUGGUGUUGACGUGGUGGAGGGGCCCGGGGGUCGCACGGCCCUGGACAACAAGACCUCCCUACUCAACACCCCCUCCCCGCGUUCCUUCUCCGGGCCCCGGGGCCGCGACUACAACCCCUACAACUACACAGACACCAUCAGCGCCUACGACAAGGCUGCCCUGAGAGAGACGGUGUACGAGGACGACGUGGAGCAGCUUCGAGAUGGCCGCCAAGAGUGUGGUGGAGAAAACAAGAUGCUGCACACCAAGAACAGUUCCCCUGCGGAGCAGCUGGAACUGGCGGGCGAGCUGCUGAAGGAGCUGUCUAACCCCAGUGAGAGGCCAGAGGAGAGGAGGGGAGCCCUGGUGGAGCUGCUGAAGAUAGCCCGGGAGGACAGCUUGGCCGUGUGGGAGGAACACUUCAAAACCAUGCUGCUCCUGCUGCUGGAGACCCUGUCGGAUCAAGAUCACACCAUCCGGGCCCUGGCACUACGAGUGCUGAAGGAGAUCUUACGUAACCAGCCGGCACGCUUCAAGAACUAUGCAGAACUCACCAUCAUGAAGACUCUGGAGGCACACAAAGACUCCCACAAAGAGGUUGUGCGGGCAGCAGAGGAGUCAGCCUCCACCCUGGCUGGCUCCAUCCACCCAGAACAGUGUAUCAAGGUGCUGUGUCCCAUCGUCCAGACAGCUGACUACCCCAUCAACCUGGCUUCCAUCAAGAUGCAGACCAAGGUGAUAGAACGCAUCACCAAGGAGUCCCUCCACCAGCUGCUGCCUGACAUCAUACCAGGACUACUGCAGGGGUAUGACAACACAGAGAGCAGUGUGAGGAAGGCCAGUGUGUUCUGUCUGGUGGCUGUCUACUCUGUCAUCGGUGAAGAGUUGAAGCCCUACCUGGCCCAGCUCACAGGAAGCAAGAUGAAGCUGCUGAACUUGUACAUAAAGAGAGCCCAGACGUCCACCAGCAACAGCAGCAGCUCUUCAGACAUCUCCUCAUACUAAUGAACAUGGCCCUCCGGCUUCAUCCAUGUGUGUGCAGGUACAUACAGUACAGGGUUAUGUUCAUAAGGCACCAAACGGUGCAAAACGUAAUGAAACAGGAAGGGACUACCUGGACUACUGGUCCAAUAAGAAACACUAAUUUUCUUUUCUUUUCACCGUUUUUAAAUAUUUUCCAUAGCGUGCCCUAAUGAACGUGACCCAGAUAGGGAAACAGUUGUGCCUCAAUCUUUCUUUCCAGACCUCCUUGUGGUUUUAAUGUAUUCUAAUAAAGGCUGUAGGCUGUUCCUUGUUGGGAAACCCUAUGCCUGUUGCAAUCAGUAUUUUAUUUCCUUCCGUUUUGUCGUCUUGUAAAUACUUUUAUUCCACGUUUUAAGAUACGAAUACGACACUACUUCAGACCCAGUCGAAUGAAUGUAUAGAGCUUUGAAUGAAACCUGAGUCCUUUACAAACCGUCUGAAAGGUUUUAAUGUUGAUGGAAGCAGAGUGUCGCUCUGCACACGAUUGCCUCUGUUCCUUCUCGCAAUGGACAGAUAGGCUUAUUUGGAACCGUGCUGUUUGUAAAGGGGCAGUUUAAAAAUGGCGAUUUCGAUAGUAAUUGUUCUGUAGUAUUUGCCAUCUGAAGAAUUUGUUCUUAGUGACGAUGCUAUGUUUUUAAGCCUGUAUUUAAAGAAUAAUCCUUGUGAAGCGGUGGAAUUUCUUAUUUAGUGAGAAUCUAAAAAAAAAAAAAAAAAAAAACGUUCAUUUCCAUUAGUGGGAGAAGAUCAUUUGGCUGGCCAAUGAUUAGUACAUGUAGUGAAAAGCUGUGUUGAAUAAGCCUCUGUAAACUGCCUAUGUGUGUAACACCUGUGUUUCGACUGUGUGGUUUGGACCCAACAACUGAUGAAGGAAUGUUUUCCCUUUUCACAAGGCUUACAAUCUCACCUUUCAUACAUUAUUAUGGAAGGGGAGUUAUUGGUUGAGUUGGUGGAGUUUGAGUCUGCUGUUUUUUGUGCUUUAACAUUCGGGCACGUUGUAAUGAGUCAAAAAUACUGGGAUCUGAAGUAUUCUUGCAAAUGUAAGAGUCCUAGAAUUUUCAAAUGUGAAAUAUUUUGUCUAAUAUCUAAAUAUGGGCAGUACCUGUUCGUCACAUAGUAGAAAGACCUUGACAAUCUGACGUAUUAGUCGAUAAUCUAAGGACAUUUUAAGUGCCAGUGCAAUUAUUAUAAUUUUUUUACAAUUUAAAGACAGGAAAAAAAGAUGUCUUUUGAAUUGAAUCCAGCAAUAAUUAAUUAGUUACAAAAAAUCCAACUACUUGGAUAAACUUUUUUGUCAAAGCACUGUAAAUGACCAUUGUAAGUUAACCAUCCUUGUUUGAAAUGUAUAGAUGUCAUUUUUAUGCGCACCUAUGAAAUGUUACUGCUGCUUUAGAAAUACUAAUCAUGGCGUUAAACCUAAUGUAUUUUACUCUCCUUUUUAUGAAUGUUAAAGGUACACUUGUUUCGGUUAGAACAAGAAUUCAGAGUUUGGGUCAAUUCCAUUUCAAUUCAGAAAUUCCAAUUCACAAAUUUCCUCAAUGCUUGUCUAUGGGGAUAAAAAUGAAAUUGGAAUUUCAGUUUACUUCCUGAUUUGAUUGAAAGGAAUUGAGCCCAACCCUGUUAAAAGUUCCAGAUAAAGGUGGCGUGUUACUGAGAACACUAUCGGGCCUUACUGUUUCUGUAGUACAGUUUCACUACAUUGACUGUUAAAUGUACUGUAACAGUGCACAAUGUUUCUGUUUCCUCAAAUGUGAGAACUCAUAGCAAUUUAAUCAGCUAUAGCUAUGACCAAGUCCAAAAUGUUGUCAAAUACAAACACAGUAUUUCUUUUGUUAGACCUGCCUGUUGCAAUUGAAUCAAAAAUGAAACUCAAAAUGAGUGUUUUAUACAGUACUUUUAAUCAUUGAUUCACAGACUUGUUAUAAAAAGAGAGUCAGAGAGAGACCUCAUUUGCAUGUGAGGGAACAUGCAAUAUUAUACCCAGCAACCUCAAUGAUUAACUAACAUUCCCAACUCUGACUUUAUGUUGAAGAAACAUUGCUUCUAAUCUAUGAAUGUCUGGUCAGCUUGUAUUAUAUAACACACACACACACACUAUUGAUAUCCAUCACAGCUACCAAGCUAGGGCUGAUUUAACAGACCAAACAUUGUAUACUAUACUGUAAUUGUAUGCUGUGUGCACACGUUGGCCUGUAUCAAAAACCAAACCCUAUUAUCCUCAAGCCAUGUAUCUUGAGCGUGUAUUUGCUUGUGCCUUGUUUAUUUAUUUUUUACAGUAUACCUGCAAUAUUAAUCCAUACUAAUAGCUUUUGAAUUGUUAUUUUUGCCCCUAUUUCGAAAUACUGUAUUAUAUGUCAUGAAUUAGACAGGAAAUGUGUUGCGUCGAAGACCAAGGUUAUGUCCAAAGUGGCACCCUAUUCCCUACCCAGUGCACUACUUUUGACCAGAGCCUUGUGGGACCAGGUCAAAGUAGUGCCCUAUAUAGGGCAUAAGGUUCCAUUUGGGAUGCAUCCCAAGGCUGCUGUAAAUAAAGCCAAUAGUUUAAUGGCAGUAUUUUCCACAGAUGUAAUAUUGGCUUGGCUGUUCUAUUCCUUGUGAACCAUUUACAAUGCACGCUUCUUUUGUUUAGCUUCAGUCAUUGUUUUAUCCCUCCCGUACCUAUAUUUAUAUACCGUCUGUUAUAUUUUCUGUGUAUUAUGACUGUACAUAUUUCAUGUUUUGUUCACUUCUUUCACCCUUGAUAGAAUUUGUUGAAAUUUAAACUUGAAAUAAACCAACUUCAGUCCCUGUC